ACGAUGAUGACGACGACUACGAAGAUGGCAUCAAUGUAACCCUAUUGUCAUCCCCACCAUCAACAAUACUCUCCAAGAAACCGGAGGAGACGUUCAAUGCCUCUUUUCAUAAGAAAGAGGGAACAAAAGGGAAAAAAACUAAGUGGAGCUGGUCAAAAACGUUACAAAAAACUGUUGGAAAGUGGGCAUAGUCGAGCAGAAGCUUUCAGUUUGGCUAAAAACCCACUUACACCAUCAGAUCCAUACAAACGACCGCGAAACUCGGACCUGAAUGGGUCAAAUACAAGUGGCAAUCCAACACCCGCUAAAAUUGCUCGGCAGAACUGGGGUACUCGUAAACCUCCAGUCAAGAAUAUUUCGGUUCAAAACCGUAUUGAUGCGUUUCGAUCAGAACACUCAGAACCUCCUAGAGGUAAAGAGGGUAAAGUCAACCCAUCCUACAGCGAUGUUGCGAAGUAUGUGAAGCUGGGUGUGCUCCCAAAAGGAUACCCGAAUAUGGAGCUUACAACAGCUCAAUUAAUUGCUACGCAAAAAGCAAUUUUAGCUAAAGUAGCAGGUCAACGAAAAGCACCAUUGAAACCAAAAUUUGGCGAUUGUGUUUUCAAAUCGGGCUAUUUAGUCAUAGUCUGUAAAAAUAAAGAAACUGCAGACUGGCUAAAAAGCAUUAUUUCUACAGUAACUCCCUGGUCAGGAGCAGAGCUGUUAGCAGUGGAUGAAAAGGAAAUCCCGCGUCCUGAAAUACUCAUUGGUUUCUUCCCUUGGAGUUCAGAGGACAAAAAUGAAGAAAUUCUGACUCUCCUAGAAAGUCAAAACGAUGGGUUGGCUGUUGAUGCAUGGAGGAUACUGCAGCGCAACGUAAAAAACCAACAUGUAGAACUAGUUUUCACUGUCGACGGAGGAUCCUUGAACUCCAUCAAAAACAGUAAAUUCAUCCUUGAUUUCAAGUUUGGAAAUGCCAACAUAAGAAAAAAGUUCCAGAAGAGAAAUCUACAUGAUGGUAGUGAAAGACCAGGGCAAAGGGAUGAUGGUGAAUCUCAAAAGACCCACGUAGGCACUGGCGAUGACAAGAUGAUCGUAGAUCAAAUUGACGAAAUCCCAGGACCAAGUGGUGUCGAGAGCAAAAAAACAAACCGUAAUGCUCCUGGCUACACUACAAAUACAGUCGGUGACAAAAGAAAAGAAAAGAAUACACCACAAAAACAAGGAUUGAAGCCAGGAUACAAAAUUACUAGGAUCCAAGCAGAAAACAAUCCAAAUAAGGGGAACCGCAAAACCAAUGUUGGGGAAGAACUAAAUCCCCAUGCGAGCGGUGAACAACAACAACUUCAACAACAAUAAAAUCAAAUUUGUUCAAGUGAACCUUCACCAUGCAAAGGGAGCAACUGCUGUACUUUGUAAAAGGUUCACAGAGAGAAAACUGGACAUUGCCCUUAUCCAGGAGCCAUGGACAAAUAAAAGUAGGAUAUUAGGAGUUCCUACAAAAUCUUAAUUUAUAAAAAGAGACAUUGUUGCGGUCCUGAUGGAGGUUCCAACAACUCACGGGAAAACGGAAAUAUAUAUUGCUUCAGCAUACUUUCCAGGAGACCUGGGAGAUGUACCUCCACCAGAAGUAGCGGCGUUUGUUUCAUACUGCAAGAAACAAAAUAAGGCAUUUAUAAUUGGAUGUGAUGCAAAUGCUCAUCACACAAUAUGGGCUAGCACGGACAUCAAUACCAGAGGUGAGUACCUUUUAGAUUAUAUUUCCAACAAUGAUAUAGAUAUAUGUAACAGAGGAGAUGCUCCAACAUUUAUAAAUGCAAUUAGACAAGAAGUUCUUGAUCUGACUUUGUGUAGUCCAAUAAUCUCAGACAAAAUCAAAAAUUGGCAUGUGUCAGACGAAAUAUCUUUGUCUGAUCACAAGCAAAUAUUAUUUGAAUAUGAGGCUGGUCAACAGCUCACACAAACUUUUAGAGAUCCUAGGAAAACAGACUGGGAGCUAUAUAAUUCAGAGCUAAUGGCAGGA